UUAGCUAAAUAAUAGUCAGUUCAUUAUAAACUGUGCCAAACAUUCACAACGAAAUUAAUAAUAAGUUUUUUUAAACACACAAUUUUAACACCAAUUUUAGCCGAAAUUUUUUUUAAAAAAAAAGUUUUUUAUCACAUCUAUUGACUAAAAUAAUAAUAAUAACAAUGACGACAACAAUAGACCAGUUGUUAACCGAGGAUGAGAUGCGUUUUGUUCUCAAAUACAUUGAAGACAUGGAUAUCGAUAUGUUUGACGGACAGUCGGGUCAAUCGCAACUAUCCGACUAUAGCUGCUAUAAUAUUGUCGAAAUUGAUGCCAACACUAGUAGUAGUAGUAGCUUAGGUGGUGGUAGUAUUGCAUCAAAUAAGACAAUUGAGACACUGAUGCAUAUCGUCGAAGAGGACGACGACAACUACAACAACAACAAUAUCCUACACCAGGCUAUCGCUACUACCAUACAGGAGGAGAAGGAAGAGACGGAACUGGUGUUUAGAGAACCGGUAGCUGUUAGCAGAAAAAGAGGCAGAGGUAGGCCACGACUGGAUGAUGAGGUACGACUCGAGCGCAAGAAAAUACGUGAAACCAAAGCAUCGGCUACUUAUCGGAUCAAUCAGAAGAUCAGAUGCAAGACACUUGAGCUGACACAGGAAGCCGAAGAGAUCAGGAACGGUGAACUCAAGAGACAAGUAGAGGAUAUUGAGCGACAAAUCAAUGAUUUGUAUCGGAGUUUAGYGGCCGUCGAAGGCGGUGUCCUGACUGUAGAGGAAAGUCAGAUAAGAAUCAGUAAUGAAUUGAUGAGUGCAAUGACGACCACAACAAGUGGUGGUAGUUGUCAUAUGAUGGCAAACCGAUGAUUGAUUGGUCGGUACUAUCGGU